AUGGAGGGCAUACUAUCCCAGGUCUCCGGCCUAAAUCAGAAAGACAAGGCCGUCGCAUAUGCAUCGAUCCUCACCGACCUGCUUGCGCGGCGCGAUCAGACAUCUUUCGCCGCAGAUACCCACAUCCUAGUAGAGAACGUUGUCCAGGAGAACGUUGGUCAUGUCAUCGGGAGACAGGUUCUUUCUGAACUGGUCAAGGCCCUUGAUGACGGACGGAUCCGCAACAACGCUCUACGAAAGCAAAUCGUGCAAGACAUCCUCAACACGAUUCAGCCGCGUAUUAUCACAUAUGAGGAGCAGGUCAACGCGCUCCGUUUCCAACUCGCCAAUAUUCUGGAAGGAGACGAAGAGUGGACAGCCGCUGCGAAGGUCCUAAUGGGCAUCAAUUUGGACGCCGGCCAAAGAGCGGAAGAGGAGAAAUUCUUAGUCUACCUCCGUAUUGUCCGCCUUCUCCUCGAGGAUGAGGAUUCUGUACAAGCCGAAACCUACUACAACCGCGCCGCGCUCCUCGCUCCUUCGUCUUCAGACAAAGAAGCGUUACUGCAAUUUAAGCUGUGUCAGGCUCGUAUAUUUGAUUACUCGCGUAGGUUCCUGGAAGCCGCCGCUAGGUACCACGAACUCAGUUGGGUGCCUGAGAUUGACGAAGGGGAGCGCAAACACAUGCUAUCUGCUGCAGUGACAUGUGCAGUCCUUGCCCCGGCAGGGCCUACCCGUUCGCGUCUUCUUGCCUCUCUCUGCCGAGACGAGCGGACAGCUGAUCUCCCUACCUACACUAUCCUCCUCAAGAUGUUCCACGAUCGUAUUCUUCGCCCUGCCGAGAUCAAGGACUUCGAGGUGACUCUCAAACCGCAUCAACUAGCCAAGAUCGCGCAAUCCUCCAACGAUCGCCUUGCAUCGGCUGUCGCAGAAGAUGAGGAGAUGAGCGAUGCCAAUGCAAGCACGCGGACGGGACCAGCGACGGUGCUCGAUCGUGCAGUUAUGGAACACAAUGUCCUAGCCAGCUCGAAGAUCUACAACAACAUUACUUUCAGCGGCCUUGGUGCACUGCUAGAUCUUACUCCUGGCGCUGCAGAGACGAUGGCACGGAAAAUGAUUGAACAGGGUCGUCUGAAGGGCUCGAUAGAUCAGGUGGAGAAGCUGAUCUGGUUCGAGGCCACACGAGAGGAGGAUGAUGCACAGGGCAAAGCCGGUGGACUCGGCGACGUUGAACAGAUCGCAGAGGAUACAGGUGCCCCAUUCACCAAACGGUGGGACAUGCAGAUCCGCUUGACGGCAGCGAACGUCGAGUCGAUUGUUCAGCAUUUGACGGAGAGGGGCCUCGUAAAGUUUGGAACUGUGCAAGCAUGA